GAAAUCGUUGGCGGCAGGGCGUUUGAUUAACCCGCAAGACCACCAUUCCGCCCAUUUCUACCGCGAAGCAGUAAUGCGUUGCAGUUUAAAGAAUGGGGCAGCCGUUUUUGUAUACAGUUGAGACUCAGACCUUGUUUCUAAAGGUGGGGGCGGCAUUCACGUUGUGAGGUCUAUACCUCUUAACACUAGAUGGGUUGUGAGCUUAUGUACUUACUUAAUUGAUAAUGAAAUUAAUAAAUUAGGCUAUAAUUUUGAUCCAUUAUUUUUUAAAACAGGUACGUAACGUACUUAUACAACUAUUUUUUUAUUACAAAUUAACAAAUGAUUACAAAAAAAAUGUUAUCAGUGUUUGAUAUUACACAAUUACAUUUUUAUAGCUAUUAUUCAAAAUAAAGCAAAAAUUAUUAUUAGAUCACUUAUUUUUAGUAACGCUUCAUCGAAAAGAACAGAAUUAGCAGCUCUCACUUGGCGUUUCAAACGUGAAUUCCACUUGAACAUUUUGAAAUGUUUUUAGGUGACGCGCUUUUAUAAACUCAUUUGCUGGUUUGUUCAGCAAAAAAAAAAAAGUUAUGUGGCUUUUUAGUGCCAAUUAUUGCUACCCGAUUGCGACUGGCGCUAGUUGUAUGAUAGAAAACUGCAGUAAGCGGUAAGCGAACAAUCGCGGUACGUGAUACGAAAUAAUUUGACGUUUUGCGAUCGGUCGCGACGCGUCUGCACAACAUCUGCAAAAUUGUGGCUGUCGCAAAUUUUUACGUGAUCAGGGGGCGGAGUGAAGUAGGCGAACUGUCAAGUCAAGGUACGUCGCGACGUACCUUGAACAUUUCUCAAAAUAGCGUUUAAUACAAGAUGACUUCUGAGAGCAGUUUUGAAGAAUUUAUUAACUAUAUUUUUGAUAGCAGAGUGUAUAAUUAUCCGUUGCGAAGGUAUUUGAGAGAUGCAGAUAACCCGUUGGAAGUUUACGAUGACGACGAAUUCCGAAAACGUUACCGGCUUAGCAAAGAUUCGGUUGUGCAUAUUUUGCUGCCUUUGUUGACUAACAACAUUAAUGAAAACGAUCGUGGACUACCUUUAACGCCGAUAUUACAAGUGCUAAUUGCUUUGAGAUUUUACGCAACAGGCAAUUUUCAGAUUGUUUGUGGCGACUUGCACAAAAUUUCUCAAUCCGUAGUAUCAAAAACGGGUUUCCAGGUGUAAUUGGAUGUAUUGAUUGCACACACAUUCCAAUAAAAAAUCCAUCCAGAGCAAGGGGAGAAAUCUUUCGUAAUAGAAAAGGCUGGUUUUCUAUCAAUGUCCAAAUAAUAUGUGGACCGCAAAUGGAAAUAUACGACAUUGUUGUGCGAUGGCCUGUGCAUGAUUCGCGCAUAUUUAACAACAGCAGAUUCGAGAUUUGAAGAAGGCGAUUUAGUUGGCAUUCUUGUCGGAGACAGUGGUUAUUGCGCAGACUGGCUUUAUGUACACUCCUGUACUCAAUCCUCAAACAGACCCAGAACACAGAUACAAUCGAGCACAUCUAUUAACGAGAAACAUUAUAAAACGUGUAAAUGGUGUAUUAAAGAGACGCUUUGCUUGUUUGUGUAGAAAAUUACAAAACAGUACACCAAAUACAUGUAAUAUUAUAGUCUCUUGUGCUGUCCUACACAACAUUUGUUUAAUGACCAAUGAACCUGAGCUGAACCCUGAAAUUGAGCUAGAAAAUGUCCCAGUACCUAAUACUCAGGACUCUUCUAGAGGGAGUAUUAUAAGAUCGGCUUUUAUUUCUAGGCAUUUCAGUUAAAAAUUCUCAUAUGGGUAUCAUCAACCUACAGCAGUCCACUGCUGGACAUAGGCCUCUCCAAUUGCUCGCCACUGAGCACAAUCCUCGGCUUCCCUCAUCCAGCUCUUGCCAGCCACCCUGCACAGAUCAUCACUCCACCACUUCACAGUUUCGACUCAAGAACAUGUUUACCCUAACAGUUAUCAGUUGUCUGGCUAAUAUGGGUAUAUAAGUUGGAACCGAGCAGUGAGCACCGUUAUUGUAAUGCAGAUAGUAUUAUUUAUUUUGAAGAUGAAUGAUUAAAUUUGAUUUGUUAAUUUUGAUAAAUUUUUUACUAAAAAAGUAAAUAGUACGAGGUUAGACUUUUGAAACUCCUUAUUUUAUUUAUCUACAUAAGAGUCAUAUUUUGCUUACUAUCUAAUAAAUAAAGUCAAUGUGA